UACCUCACAAAGACUUUAAACUGCACAGUGUGUCAGAAAAAACACGAGUCUGCGAGAUUAAAGAGACGAAACUCGUCUUAAAGCUUCGUGCUUCAGGAAGCUUCCCAUUCAGCUUCUGUGAUGCGGCCUUUUGUGUUUGUUUCACAAACACUCCAACAGGACUCUUGUCGCUGGCCUAAAGUAGUCCAAACUAUGCAGCUACAAACAACAGGUGUGGAGGAUGAGCCCCAGCAAGGCGACCAGGAAGAAAGUCGGCAGGCAGCAGCAGUUCAACAAUGUGGUGGCGUUUGACCCCGAAACACUGACUGAGAUCAAAGGUCUUUUUAGUAAAGUUAGAACUUAUGUGAAACCAUCCAAUGUUGGAUGGAACAUCCCUGACCCAAAUGUUGCUCUCAGACAUCCUGGAAAGGAGCAUAGUCGGCUGCAGUCCCUGAAGGUAUCGCUGAACGCCGUGAAGAACCAGCUCAGUGACAAGAAUGUCCAGGUCUGGCAUCAGCACACCAACUCCACCAACCGCGCCGGGAAGGUCAUCACUGCUGUCCGUUCUGCUGCCAACGCGGAGAUCUGCACUCAGGCCUGGUGCAAGUUUUAUGAGAUCCUGGGAAGUUUUAAUUUACUUCCAGAGGAGGCCCUUCAUGAUGGGGAGCUGAACACGGUGCACCUGUGUGAAGCUCCAGGAGCCUUUAUAACCGCUCUAAACCACUACAUUAAAACCAGCGAGUCCACGCGCUAUUGCGACUGGAGCUGGGCUGCCAACACCCUCAACCCGUACCACGAGGCUAACGGGGGGAGCACAACCAUCGCAGAUGAUCGGUUAAUCGCUAACACGCUGCCCUGGUGGUUCUUUGGCUCAGAUAACACGGGUAACAUCAUGCUCCAGAAGCAUUUGUUGGAGCUGCAGGCGUUUGUGGCUAACAUGCGUAGAGUUGAUGUGGUGACGGCAGAUGGUAGUUUCGACUGCCAGGAGAACCCUGAUGAGCAGGAAGCCCUGGUAGCGUCACUGCAUUACUGCGAGGUCACAGCUGCACUGUUGCUCCUCAGCCCCGGCGGCUCCUUUGUGCUGAAAAUGUUCACUCUGUAUGAACAUUCCUCCAUCUGUCUUCUCUACCUGCUGAACUGCUGCUUCCACUCUGUCAACGUCUUCAAACCUGCCACCAGCAAAUCCGGGAACUCCGAAGUUUAUGCCGUGUGUCUGAACUACAACAGCAAGGAGGCUGUGAGGCCUCUGCUCUCAAAGCUCAUUCGUAAUUACGGACCACUCAUGGCUGACAGAGAGGCACUUUUCCCAGAUUCUGUAAUCCCACAGUCAUUUGUAACACAGCACGAAGAGGUGUGCUCGUACUUCCACACACUUCAGGUGGAGACGAUCACAGAAAACCUGCGACUAUUUGAAGGGAUGAGCACAGAGCAGAGGCAGCGGCUCGACCACAUCAGGGAUUGUACGGCUCAGGAAUACCUGCAACGAUUCCAGGUGAGCUUCCUUUCACGGAGUCGAUGGAUAUCUCGUAACACGGUGAGUCCUGCUUGUUGCAGCGUCUCAGCGGGGCGACCUCUGGGACCGAAAAAGCAAACAGUCUCCUUCAAUGAGCGGAGGGAAUUGCAGACCCUGAGCUGGAGGGAGCGCAUUGAGAGAGGUUGCCAUGCCGCCUGGAUACAGAGACACUGCACUGAGAUCAGCGGAGCAGGCUGCAUGCUGGAAGGACCCUACGAAGACUGUCACAUUGACUCCUGGUAUGUAGUUGUCGGCGCUGCACUGCCUGCAGUCAGGAACUCUCCGUUCUGUGAAGGAGGAUUGUUGAACCACUUGAAUGAAGCUCUUGUGGACACAGCUGAAAGAUCAGCAGUAGACUGGACUCGUGUGUCUCCCUGUGAGUCUUGCCAUGUGGUCUGCACUGCUUCCAUCUUGUCAGAUGUGGCUGGUCUUUGCAAUUUCACAAUUGACAGUGAAGGCAACAAGAAGAAGAAGCAGUGUCUGGUGUUUGGCAGUCGCUCACUGUGGGAUUCCUGUGAGAGCCAAAUUGGGAAUUUAGUGUUGACAUUUUCUGGGGAGCUUUCAUUACCUCAAAGAGGCUCCAUCACACUGCACGACGGGGAGCUGCUGUACCAGCACGAGCUCUUGGGCUGCGUUGUGUUUUCCCUGCAGAGCCUGCACCCUGGGGAUGUCCUCCUGCUGCCUGUGUUUUCAGCCCUCACUCGUGUCACUGCAGCAGUCGUCCUCUGCCUGCAUGUGUGUUUUCGCACUGUCACGUUCAGGAGUCCGCCCCCUUCAGGUGCAGUCGGAGCAGUGCUCGUGUGUGUUGGCUUCUACCCUGAAGCGGCUACCCAAAUACUCCCAGUCCUUACUGACAUCCAUAAUUACAUGGGUCAGCUUUUAGGAGGAGAAGAGGACACAGGUAAAAAUCCAUCUUCUGGAUAUGACAGACAGGUGUUACAAUUCGUCCCCAUGGAGGAUUUGCUGACAGGAGGACUGAUGGAGUUCUUGUGGACCAUGAACUCUGAAAUCAUCCAACAGAAGCUGCAUUUACUCAUAUAGGCAUAGUGCAGAUUAGUGAACUGUGACUGUGACAAACGUUAUCCCCUCAUUAUUUUGCAGGCUUUAUUCAUAUUGAAUCAGCAGUGUGAAUGAACUUAAUGAAGUUAGAGUUAAAGUCACCAAAUAAGUUUUAUAAGUUGAUAUUGAGGCUAAUGACGCUUUUGCAGCAGAGAUUAAGUGCUACAUAUUACACUAUGCUUUCAGUGCUUUUGAAUUAUUAUGGCCUCUUCCCCUCCACUUGAUAAGGUGGUGUUUUUGAUUCAGUAUGAAAGGGGUUCCUCUGUUACUUACUGUAAGAAAUUAAAAUUAUUGAGUUUAGAAGGACGCAGUGGCAAAGGUUUAAAGUGGACACUGGAAUUUUAAGUUAACACAAAGCUGGAAAUUGUAUUGAGUUUUGACCAUUGGCCGUAUAUGAAAUCUUAAAGCAAACGGAAAACAACAGGCAGUGUGGCAAUAAAAUAUUUGAGUCAGGCCGAUACAUUGCCAUGGCCAAUAUUAUAAUAUUGCAUCAUACAAUUUCAGCUUAUUGCAGGUAUAUUUAUCAGCAUAUAUUGUAUGUGCCAACCAAUAACAAAGAAAUGAGCUGUACUGACAUGUCAAAGAAAGUAAUGACAAAUUUAUUUUACCCAACUCAGUACAAAUCUUGGCCACAAUUAAAAAUAAAAUAACACAUUUAGGGGAUCCUAAUGUAAAAAAAAUGUUUUUAAUGAUAAAUAUGUUUGCUGAUAUGCUGUUAUCAGACUUUUCUUCUUUACAUUAAAGUUGCACUAAUCAAUAUUUUUAUAUUAACAGUGGGUCAGGUGCCUUGUGUGUUUAAGGUGAAAGGACUUGCUCGUAGUGACAAAUCAAUCAAGAAUUAUCACCAAACUCUGCAUUUCUCCUCUGCUCUUUGGGUCCUUUUGGUGUCUUUUAGCUCAUUGUUUUGAUUUUUCUGGUCCAUGAUCUUCCUGUUUUGGUUCUGUUUGGCUGCUCUCAUCAAUGUCCAACUGCAGAGAGAGAAAGUUAGCUAAUAGCUGGUGAAAGUGGAACAUGUAGCAGCUAGACAGCGAGAUAUUUCCCUCAGGAGUUGAUGAAGAGCAAAACAGAAUAUCAGGCUUAAAUUCAUCAGAGGGACACAAACACGACUCCAAAUUAAAGCUAAUGUUGUUCCGUGUCUGCUGGUUGAGUAAAUAUGCAACUCUUUGCUAACACAUUUACCAUAACAGCUUCAUAAGAUGAUGAUAUGUCAAUUUUUUGUUUACAGUUUGUUCUGUUGUUCCCAAGUGGCCACUAGAAAUAAAAUGAGCAUACCGCUUUAAAUAUCAAUAUUAGCCUAAAAAAUCAUGGAUUUCAAACUCUAAACAAAACACUUAAGUUUUGGAAGAUACCUUCUAAUUGAGCUAAAAUCUGUAAUAAAAAAAGAUGCCGUAAUUAGUCAAUUUAUCGGACACAUGUACCACAUCUAGUUCAUCCAUCCUUUCAUUCACUGUACCCACAUAUUCUUCAUCAGGCUGACUGUGGCAGAGUUUACACCAUCAUGUGAUAACCUUUACUGUAAAUUAAGCUGGUCAGGUCUCAACUUCACCCUGUCAUCGUUAUAAUUUCAGUUAUAACACAAAGUUAACUAUGCAUCAUAAACCACCACUGACAACCUGCAGGCAAGAACAAUGUUGUCUGAUGACACAAACUUGCAAUGCAAGUGAAAAUUAAAUGUACUUUAAGCAUUUGAUCAACAUAACUCAUCUGUAACUAAGGGAUUUUAGGGGAUGUUGAAUAAACAACAGUCCUCAGCAACAAACCUGUCAGUCACAGAUGGUUUGUGUGAAACCCACAUCAGAUGACUUGAAAUUCACCCUCGAGUGCUUGUUGUCUUUGGCAACUCUUUAUUUUGUGCCCGGAUGUUUCGGAUCUUUUUGCCUUUUAGCCAUCAUGCAGCUUACAGGCAAGUUUCUCUCUUGUGGACAGUCUGGGCGCUCUUAAGUGUUUCAUACUACAUAAAGGAUACAGCUGGGAAAAUGGUAAGAAAGUACACAUGUAUAUAGAUAUUGGUUUUUGGUUUUUAAUAUCAAUGCCAUGUAACUGAGGUGUUUAUUUUCAUAUAAGAAAUAAAAAGUACACUGAUGAAUA